ACAAACACCCAAAAGAAAAACGCUACUUUGACCCCAAAAAAAGCGGCAACAGCGAGCAUGAAGUAUGUAACUAUAUUUGCGUUUAUCUGUGCGAUUUCCGUCGCCGCAGCAUCCACCGCCUAUCCAUCCGUCCCCGGCCUCGAAUCCGGCGACUGCUCCCUCACCGGCGACGAAACGAAUCUCGUUCCUCCUCGGCGAGAAGUGUACGAUGACGGACGAAUAUUCGAUAUCACACACAGGUUAGUCCCUGAGAUGCCGGCUUGGGACUCUAAGGAAGGGUUAGGGCACUUUCUUUGGCUGGAGGGUAGCAUGAAGAAUGGCUCACGCGCUAAUGGCUCGGCUAUGAAGUUUGGUGUUCACACCGGAACUCAUGUUGACGCGCCGGGCCAUUUCUAUGAUAAUUACUACGACGCCGGAUUCGAUGUUGAUACUCUUGAUAUAGCACUCCUCAAUGGUCUUGUCCUUUUGGUUGAUGUUCCAAGGGAUAGCAACAUUACUGCUGAAGUUAUGAAGUCCUUGUAUAUCCCUAAAGGUGUAAAACGCGUGCUCUUCAGAACAUUAAAUACCGACAGGAAGCUUAUGUUUAAGAAGGAAUUUGACACAAGCUAUGUUGGAUUCAUGGAGGAUGGUGCAAAAUGGCUGGCGGAGAACACCGACAUCAAACUUGUAGGAGUUGAUUACUUAUCCGUUGCAGCAUAUGUUCACUCGGUUCAGUCUCAUCUUGUUUUUCUGGAAAGCAGGGAAAUCAUUCUUGUGGAAGGCCUUAAGCUAGACGGUGUCCCAGCAGGAAUAUAUUCCCUCAACUGCUUGCCUCUCAGGUUGGUUGGUUCUGAGGCAUCACCAAUACGGUGCAUUCUGAUCCGAUGAAGUCCGUGAGUUGCAUGGUAGCAACAUAUCCCGAAGGUAGUCAGCGGUAUCAACUAGGAGCAUUUUGAUGCAAACCAAACCGAUAGUAUAGUAAUAUCUCAAAUGGUCAUAUUUUAUGAACUUAGGUUGGAAAUGCUACUGGGCGCUGAUCUAGUUUCUGUAGUAAUCUAUUACUGUUGUGCCAAGAAUUGAGGACUUGCUGGUGCACUUAUAAUAAACUUGUGUUUUCAAUUUUUACCUCACAUGUAGUCCUUAUGCACCAUUUGAACUUGUAGACCUAUGGCCAUUAAUUCUUAAUAAUUAUAUUAAGUCUUUGUAUCUUAUCAA